GUCGGUAUUUUGCGGGCAGCUAGCUCUCCCGGCAGCUGUAAUUGCUGCUGCGGGAGAAAUUGGAGCCGCUGUCGCCGGCACGCCCGCCCUCCCCCACGGAGGAGAGCCACCGCCUCUUCUCUUGCGCUCCACAUACACCUCUCGCCGCGAGUGCCGGCAACAGUCUCCGGACCCACUGCGGUCGUCUCGUCUGGCAGUCGCUCUGCGGGUCAUUACCACAGCCGGGCAGCUGAGGGUGGUCCCCUGUCCCUAACCGACUCCUCACUUCGGAACGUCUGUUCCUUCCUCAGCCUUACUUGGGACCCACUACUCCACUGUCUUGCCAGCGAGGAGGACGACGAGGAGGAGCCGGGAGACUCACCCUUCCUCCAGGCGCUGUCGGCCCCCUCACCCGCGGGUGUGUCCUAUAAAUGGCGUCGGAAAGCGACACCGAGGAAUUCUAUGAUGCCCCUGAAGAUGUACACCUAGGGGGCGGCUACCCUGUGGGGUCUCCAGAAAAAGCUGUGCUUUCAUCAUUCAAGGAAACAGAGAACACAACAUGUGAAGUUGGAAAUGAGUCCCCUGUACAAGAAUUGAAACAAGAUAUGUCUAAAAAGAUAAUCGAAAGUAUUAUUGAGGAAAGUCAGAAAGUGCGGCAGCUUGAAGAUGAUUCUUUGGAUUCCAAAGGAAAAGGACUCUCUGAUCAGGCUACUGCCAAUCCUGCUGUGGCUGAGAUGGAACUAAGUACCAUACCUGGACUACUAGCCAUACACCAUGAACUACAGGAAGAUUCCAAAAAGGCAGACAGUCAGAAUAUAUUUGAAAAAACUGAAUUUGAAUCAAAAAAAGGUUUGCCUUCUGAUGACACCUGUGAGAAGUCAAUAGGUGAGACCACAGAGAUGAUUGAAGCAAGUUCAACUGAGCAGUUUAGUGUUCCUGAAAUGGAAACUGAAGUAUUGAACAAGGAGGAAGUAGAAGUCAAACAAGGUGAUGUUCUAGGUCCUGCAUCCUCCAAUUUUUCAGCUACUAAAGAUUUUGCUGCUGUAGAAGAAGGGGCUCCAGCCAAACCCCCAAGGCACCUCACACCAGAACCUGACAUAGUAGCUAGUACAAAGAAGCCUGUUCCUGCACGCCCACCCCCACCGACUAAUUUUCCACCUCCUAGACCCCCACCUCCUUCUCGACCUGCUCCACCACCAAGGAAAAAGAAAAGUGAACUGGAGUUUGAGGCUCUUAAAACACCUGAUCUAGAUGUACCCAAAGAGAAUAUUUCAUCUGAUUCUCUCCUAACAACAAGUAUGGCUUCAGAGAGUGCAAUUAGAGACUCCCAGCCUUCUCUUGAUUUGGCAAGUGCAACCAGUGGAGAUAAAAUAGUUACUGCCCAGGAAAAUGGAAAAGCACCUGAUGGCCAGACAAUAGCAGGUGAUGUGAUGGGCCCUCAGAGACCUAGAUCCAACUCUGGGAGAGAGCUUACUGAUGAGGAAAUUUUAGCCAGUGUAAUGAUUAAGAACCUGGAUACUGGAGAAGAAAUACCUUUAAGUCUUGCUGAAGAGAAGUUACCAACAGGUAUUAAUCCUCUUACUCUACACAUCAUGAGAAGGACAAAGGAAUAUGUAAGUAAUGAUGCAGCACAGUCUGAUGAUGAAGAGAAGUUACAGUCUCAAUCAACAGAUGCUGAUGGUGGAAGGUUAAAACAGAAAACGACUCAACUAAAGAAGUUCCUUGGAAAAUCAGUAAAGAGAGCAAAGCAUCUUGCUGAAGAAUACGGUGAACGUGCUAUAAAUAAGGUUAAAAGUGUAAGAGGUGAAGUGUUUCACAUGGAUCAAGAUGAUCCUUCAUCAAGUGAUGAUGAAGGAAUGCCAUAUACAAGACCAGUGAAAUUCAAAGCAGCUCAUGGUUUCAAGGGACCUUAUGAUUUUGAUCAGAUCAAAGUAGUACAAGAUCUUAGUGGUGAGCAUAUGGGAGCUGUUUGGACCAUGAAAUUUUCACACUGUGGCCGAUUACUGGCCUCCGCUGGACAAGAUAAUGUAGUGAGAAUAUGGGCUUUAAAAAAUGCUUUUGACUAUUUCAAUAAUAUGCGAAUGAAAUACAACACUGAAGGACGUGUAUCACCAUCACCAUCUCAGGAAAGUCUAAGUUCAUCAAAAUCUGACACAGAUACAGGGGUAUGUAGUGCAACUGAGGAAGAUCCUGAUGACAAAAAUGCACCAUUUCGGCAACGGCCAUUUUGCAAAUAUAAAGGUCAUACUGCUGAUCUCCUUGAUCUUUCAUGGUCUAAAAACUACUUUCUGCUUUCUUCUUCUAUGGAUAAAACUGUCAGGUUAUGGCAUAUUUCUAGAAGAGAAUGCCUUUGCUGUUUUCAACAUAUAGAUUUUGUUACUGCCAUCGCUUUCCAUCCAAGAGAUGACAGGUAUUUUCUGAGUGGGUCAUUAGAUGGAAAGCUCCGCCUUUGGAACAUACCUGACAAAAAAGUGGCUUUAUGGAAUGAAGUAGAUGGUCAGACAAAAUUGAUCACAGCUGCAAAUUUUUGUCAGAAUGGCAAAUAUGCUGUAAUUGGGACAUAUGAUGGUAGAUGUAUUUUCUAUGAUACAGAGCACCUAAAAUACCAUACACAAAUACAUGUUCGAUCUACCAGAGGGCGCAACAAGGUUGGAAGAAAAAUUACUGGCAUUGAACCUUUACCUGGAGAAAAUAAGAUACUGGUAACCUCAAAUGACUCCAGAAUCAGACUGUAUGAUCUGAGAGACUUAUCACUAUCCAUGAAGUAUAAGGGUUAUGUCAAUAGCAGUAGCCAGAUCAAAGCAAGUUUCAGCCAUGACUUUACUUACCUUGUUAGUGGUUCAGAAGAUAAAUAUGUGUACAUAUGGAGUACUUACCAUGACCUAAGCAAGUUUACUUCAGUCAGGAGAGAUCGUAAUGACUUCUGGGAAGGUAUUAAAGCUCAUAAUGCAGUUGUUACAUCAGCCAUAUUUGCUCCAAACCCAAGUUUGAUGUUAUCUUUGGAUGUGCAAUCUGAAAAACCUGAAGGGAGUGAUAAAACUGAAGAUUCUGAAGUCUUAGAUACCACAAGUACUGGUACUGUGAAGACAGAAACCACGGAAGUUCUUCUCUCUGCUGACUUCACUGGAGCAAUCAAAGUGUUUAUUAAUAAAAGGAAAACUGUAUCGUAAUUUGAAAUAUCAUUUAAAAUAAACAUAUCAGUAAGUUUCUAUAUAUAUCAGAACUGAAAAAAAGUAUUAUAGUGUUUCAGACUAACAUCAUUUUUUAACUUUUAUUGAGAGUUGUUCAAAUAUAAUAUAUUUUUUGAGAGGCAGUGUUAGUGAUCUAGGAACCCCUAGACUGCUAGACUCGAAAAGAAUGUGGCUAGAUUAACAUUGCCAAGCAUUAGGCUUUAUGUUUUGUUAUGUUUGUGUUUUUGUUAUAUAAAUAUGAACAUGCGCAGGUUUCUGCAUGAAAGAUAUUAAUAUAUUAAUCACAUGUGCGUGCCUUUUGGUUACAUGCACUAAGUCUAACAAAGUUAAAUUAUUUAAGUGGCUCUUUUAGCCUCUUACUGGGGGGUAGUCAUAUUUCUAGCUCUAAAAUUUCUUUUGCACAAAAUUUCAUUUUUAAGAAAUGUGUUAUAUUUUGACCGAAUUAUUGUUUUGAAAAUGUUAUAUAGGUUUUCAAUAGGUCAAUUACCAUGUAUAAAUGUUUUUUUUUUAUAAAUUUCUCAAUUUGGGGACAAGAUUUUUUGUGGUCUAAAUUGUGGAAUUAUUCUUUCCUUUGUAAUGUGUGUAUAUAUAAUUUUUUUUCUUUGCCACACUGGAGCACAAUGUUUCUAUGUAAAGAAUUCUUUUCAUUCUUUAUCCAUGAGCACCAGGCUUUGCUCACUUAAAAAAAUAAGCCACAUUAAGGAGUGAGUCUUCUUUUUUACAAUAAUGUAAAAACAAACUGUUUACAUUUUUUUUAAAACAUUGUAGUUUUUAAAACUAAGCUGUUUUGUGUUGUGUUGUUGAAUUUGAAAGCCUUUGUAAAUAUCAAUAUAAUGAACCAAAUGAAAUAACAUCAGGGUCAGUGGAACCCUGGUCAUGUUGUUGAUGGUUAGCAUAUGUUUCUGAAAAUUAAAUAUAUUAAAGUUGGUCAUCCACACUUGUUAAA